GAGGUCACGCACUCCCGCAGGCCGCAGCACUCCGAUUCAGCGGAAUCCUCCUAGUCUCCGAGUCUCUAGCAAUUCGCAGUGUCGUCCACCGGUUCCCUAGGGCUCCCAUCGCAAUUCGCAUGGCUCCAAUCGUAAUUCACAGCACUCCGUGUCUCCGUCCAGUCGUCCACCGGUUCCGCAGGUACGCACUCUGUCCAGUCGUCGGUCGCCCAAUAGCAGCACUGGUUCACUCCGGCCAAACAUUUUUUACAUAUUUUUUUACAUUAUUGAUAUUGAAUUUAUGCUCAAAUUCAAUCUCCUCUAUCCUGUCCCUAGUCUUUGUCUUUUUCCACUCCUCUAUCAUUCGACCCAUAUUCACAGUACUACGUCUUUAAACCGUUUUAUACGACAAUCUUGUUCUGCUUUUCACCCUUUUCUCCUUUUCCUUUUCCCCCCUGUGCUUUGAUCCAGAUUCAUUUAUUGCCGUCCGAUCAACAUCGUUACUCCCAAAGCUGAGUUCUUUUAGGCUCUAGCUCUGCACCCUGUCUACCCCCUACUGAAUCUUUGUCCCGUUCUUCGUCUGACAGAUUCUUUUAUUUACCCCAGUUCACAUUCAUCCUCUUCUUGAUUCCGGGUUUAAGCUCAUCAGAUCCGAUUUCUCUUGUCAAUUCUGUGACUAGCGGCGGCCAUGUCUGGACCUCUGGAUCGGCUUGCAAGGCCAUGCUUUGAGGGAUCUUCUGGAAGCGAAGAGAGAAGAGAAAGAAGAUCUGAUGUUGAGAACUCCGAGGAUGACAGGAAAACAAGAAUUGGCUCUCUGAAGAAGAAAGCGCUGCAUGCAUCAACAAAGUUCAAACACUCUCUCAAGAAAAAAAGCAGCAGAAGAAAGAGCGAUGGGCGCGUCAGCUCGGUAUCAAUUGAAGAUAUUCGAGAUGCCGAUGAACUGCAGGCCGUUGAUGCAUUUAGGCAAGCACUAAUUCUGGACGAAUUGCUCCCAGUACAGCAUGAUGAUUAUUACAUGAUGUUGAGGUUUUUGAAAGCAAGGAAGUUUGACAGUGAGAAAGCAAAGAGUAUGUGGGCUGAUAUGAUUCAUUGGAGGAAGGGAUUUGGUGCUGAUAAUAUCAUCCAGGAGUUUGAGUUCAAAGAGCUGAAUGAAGUUCUGAACUAUUAUCCUCAAGGUUACCAUGGUAUUGAUAAGGAGGGAAGGCCAGUAUACAUUGAAAGAUUAGGGAAAGUUGAUCCUACCAAACUCAUGCAAGUCACAACUCUAGACCGUUACGUAAAAUAUCAUGUACGAGAGUUUGAGAAGUGUUUUGCCAUUAAGUUUCCUGCUUGUACAAUUGCUGCAAGAAGACACAUUGAUUCCAGCACUACCAUUUUGGAUGUUCAAGGGGUGGGGUUUAAAAACUUUAACAAGAAUGCAAGAGAACUCAUCUUGCGUCUUCAGAAGAUUGACGGAGAUAAUUAUCCUGAAACACUCCAUCAAAUGUUCAUCAUAAAUGCUGGUCCUGGAUUUAGGAUGCUAUGGAAUACUAUAAAGGGUUUUCUGGAUCCUAAGACAACUUCCAAGAUUCAUGUUCUUGGAAACAAAUACCAGAACAAGCUGCUUGAGUUAAUAGAUGCUAGUGAGCUGCCGGAGUUUUUGGGUGGGGCCUGUACAUGUGCAGAUGAAGGAGGGUGCCUUCGUUCUGAUAAAGGGCCAUGGAAGAACCCACACAUACUGAAGAUGGUUGGUGAAGCACGUCGUUGCAAACAGAUUGUUAAAGUUUUAAACAGUGAAGGAAAAGUUGUUUACGCCAAACCUCGCUACCCAAUGGUAAAAUUUUAUGAUACAUCCACUGCUGAAUCGGGAUCUGAAGCUGAAGAAAUUUCUUCCCCAAAAGCUAUCAGGAAUUAUUCACAUCUUCGGCUAACUCCUGUUCGCGAAGAGAAACAGGCGAAAAACAUUGGACCAAUUAGCCAUCCUAACAAAUUGUUAGCAUAUGAUGAAUGUGUUCCUAUGGUUGACAAAGCUGUUGAUUCUGGAUGGAAGAAACCAGAACCUUUUCAAAAACCAUGCACUCCUAAAGGGAUGCUUCCACUACCAGACACUCAAAAGACACCCAAGGGCCUUUUUGCUCAGGUUUUAGUUGCUAUUAUGGCUUACCUCACAACUCUCUUCGUGCUCAUGCGUUCAUUUGCAUUUCGUAUGACCAAAAAACUUCCGGAUGAUUCCUCUGUCCUAAACCACCAAUCCGAUGCCUCUCAUGCAAUGCCAAAGGAAGAGUUUCAGUCACCUUCUUUGGCAAUUCCAUCAGCACCAACAGAAACAGAACUGCUCUCCACUGUACUGGAGAGGCUAGGGGAACUUGAAGUAAGAGUCAACACACUUCAAGAAAAGCCGUCUGAGAUGCCGUACGAAAAAGAGGAGUUGUUGAAUGCUGCUGUCUGCCGGGUGGAUGCACUAGAAGCCGAGUUAAUUGCAACCAAGAAGGCUUUGUAUGAAGCAUUGAUGAGGCAGGAAGAACUUCUUGCUUACAUUGACAGACAAGAAGAAGCCAAGAUCCGCAAAAAGAAGUUCUGCAUUUAAGAUGCCCGGCCGCGAAGCUUCCAUCUUGUGAGCACAGUUUGGUUGACAUUUUUCUCAACAUAAAGAGAGGAUUCUUGUAAACCACACGUAUCUCUCGUUCAUGCCAAAUCUAUACACUUGCAAAAACGAAAAAAAUUGAUUAAAAAUAUGUACUGAACACAGAUAGAUUGGUUCACUUCUUAGAAGAAAGUGUUUGCAACUAUUGUGCAACGGGAGUAGGCCCUAUGUUAGAGAAUUGAGACUGAUACUCAAAAUAGUUCUUUACAUGAACCUAUUGAUGGGGUACAUUUUAAAAAUGGGAUGCCAAUUUGUUUUUUUUAAGGUUCUAAGUAUUAACUUUUACACUAUGUUUGGUUCAAGGAAUUUGGAAGGAAAAGAAAAAAGAAAAUGAUUUUCUCAUU